GCGUUCUCCAGUCCGGCGUCACAGCACCACGCACGCCGAUACUAGUAGGAUGUCGGCUACAAACCAAAUCCUCUCCCACAAUCACUGACGGCAGCGUCACGUGCAGCCGAUUGUCAAUGAACAUUGUCGAUUUCAUUUCUCUUGGGGUACCGUGUAUUGUAGAAAUAAGCUGUGCGCAAUCAUUCAUCCAUUCUUCAUUUGGAAGGCGAGCGCGUGCUGGGACGUGGUAAUAGAUAAUAUAUACUCACCUUUAUCAGUCGAUAUUAACCCCGUCAACUCAGGUGACGUCUCAACUCACUCAAGUUACCGGACCAUUAACGAAACCAGGAUUCAAAGAAACUCAUUCCAGGUAGCCCUAGAAACCUUCCCCGUGAUGGACCAGACACUACUAUACCUGGCUGUGUACCUGUCAAUAUUACUACACGUCACAACAGAUGCUGGAAUAGCUGAAGAAGAUUACAACUAUAACAAUUUAAGACAAUUCUAUGACGAUUUAGUCAUGGAUAGUGCCCCAUCUUCUGAGAAAAGAGUAGCUCCGAAAUAUCCUCAGGACUACUGGGGUAGAUCGGAAACUAGCCGAACAAACGACAACACGCUCUUCAAUCUAUUCCGAAGAGGUAGUACAUGGGGUCAGAGCGGAACUGGCAGAUCGGGAAGGUGGAGCGGUAGUCAAAGGAUCACACCUUACGUCACAUACGGUGACGGAGUAAACUACAAAAGUAACAGAAACAACUACGGCCUGUUCACCCCGAGCUCUUGGUAUGGUCGUGGUUGGUACAACGGGCUGUCACGUGUUCAGCAGCCAAGUUAUCGUCAGGAACGACGGAGCAGAAAUUCAUAUGCGAAUCUUUAUUAGGCUCUUAAUUAUAUCUUUUACAAUUAAUCUCAUAAUAUAUCAUAUAUUGACAUUGGGAGGCAAAUUUUAACACUGGAAUAUAUACGGUAUCAAAGCAGUACAAAUGAAUCAUAUUAUUAUAAAUCGGCUGGAGUCUGUGAGUUCUGAAUGCUAUCCACACACAUACGAGAUGGCUAUUACCAGGCAGUGUCGUCAUUAACGCUACCGAGAAGACAGAGAAGAUAAACACAUGGACGGAACUAUCUUGACUUCAUUAAAACACAGAAUAAAUGCUGUAGAUGAUAUAAGCAAGGAAUUCGGUACAGAGUGUGAGAAUUGUACAUAGCACGCGUUUGACUGGAAAUACCGUUUGCCUCCCUGUAUUCAGAUAGAACUGUUUAAAUUUAUUAAUAUUUACAUAUUUUAAAAGCUAUUUUUCUAUUUCAAUGAACAGCAAUGUAUUUCAAAAUGGGAUUUAAGUACCAGGAACAGGUAUAAUGUAUAUGAAACUGUUAAUGAAAAUAUUGUUCCAAACAUCAUCUUUGUGGGUGCGAUACCUUUUUUAGGACCUGAGUACGAAAGGUCAAUACUAACUGUGGUAGUGUAUUCUCCAAUUUUCAAAUUUAUCAAAAAGUGUCUUUAGUCUAAAUUCAUAACUGUUCAGGAUAUCAGACUAUUUGUAAUAUUUGAAUAUAUUAAUUUCAAUUUACUAGUAUAUUUAAUCAAGAUGAAAUCUUCUUCUUUUCUUUAAAUGUAAAAAUCUACCUUUCUCCUGAGUGAUGGAUGUAACUGCUGUUGUCGUUUUACUUUUCAAUAAAACGUGAAACAUUUGA